UGUGUUUUUAUCGCGGUGAAUCACGCCGCGCUGAAUCCCUCUAUUUACAGAUCACCAUAUUCCGUGACAGUGGAGGCUUUUGUUCAACGUUUGAUAUUUACCCUUUGAAAAGAUAUUAAACUCCGUGAAAGAGUUGUCCACUGACUGGUACUGCGUCUUAGGAUAAUCAUUAGCUAAAGUUGGCUAAGGUAGCUAACACACGCUGUCAGGGAGACGUUGAAGCUGCAGUUAUUGGACCCACUAUUUAUCAGUGGAAACAGAUAUGGACUGCAUCGUUUCUGCUCCGGGAAAAGCGAUCCUCCAUGGAGAGCAUGCGGUUGUGCAUGGAAAGGUUGCCCUUGCUGUCAGUUUGAACCUGAGGACAUAUUUGCGGUUGAAAGUCACUACUACUGGCAAAGUUUGCGUGAACCUCCCAAAUAUUGACACAUUCCUCUCCUGGGACCUGUCAGAACUCAAGCAGCUUAUCCCCGCUUCCUGUGGUAAGAGGGAGGAGGUGAAACGUCUGGAUGCUGAACUUGUGAAAAGACUGCGUGAAUUUGUUGGUGUAACAAAUGGAAACCUGGAUACUUGCAACAUGGCCACCUUAGCCUUUCUCUACCUCUACCUUUCACUGUUUGGAUCGGGUGAGAUGCCCAGUUUGACGGUGUCUGUGUGGUCGGAGCUGCCAACUGGAGCAGGACUGGGGUCAAGUGCUGCUUACUCCGUGUGUUUAGCUGCAGCUCUGCUGUGCGCAAGCGGAGCCAUUCCCAGUCCUCUCAAAGAGUGGGAUCAAACUGGCAGGUGGUGUCAGGAGGACCUGGAGCUGAUCAACAGCUGGGCCUUCCAAGGGGAGAUGAUCAUCCACGGUAAUCCUUCAGGAGUCGACAACGCUGUGGGAACAUGGGGCGGCAUGCUGAGAUUCUUGGCUGGAAAGAUAAUACCACUGAGCAGGGUGCCGCUAUUAAGAAUCCUCCUCACUAAUACCAAAAUACCACGUAGCACCAAGGUACUUGUUGCCAGGGUGAAGGACAAAAUUAACAAGUUCCCCUCGAUCAUGACCCCUGUGCUUGACUCAGUUGAUGCUAUUUCCUGCUCUUGUGAGAGAGUCCUCUUGGAAAUGACCUGCGAGCCCAUCACAGGAGAGCACUACAACAUUUUAGAGGAGCUGAUUGACAUCAACCAGCAUCAUCUGAACGUGAUGGGUGUGGGACAUCCUGCUCUGGAUACACUGUGUCGGGUCACAAUGGCCCAAGGACUCCACAGCAAGCUGACAGGAGCAGGUGGAGGAGGCUGCGGCAUCACGCUUCUAAGACCAGAGACCGACUCCUCUAUUGUCUGGAGAACAAUGCAGGACUUGCAAGACUGUGGCUUUGACUGCUGGGAAACCAGUAUUGGUGGGCCAGGUGUGCAGCAGCACGCUUCGCUCUCUGUCAAGGAGGAGGUUUUGGAGAUUUUGAACCAGUUUUGAAAACCAAAUGUUGCUGUAGACGAACAAGAGGAGACUCUUACCUCAAGACUUGAGGUAUAAAUAACAAAUAAAUUGGACAGAGACUGAAACACGGUGUCGUUUUGAAGCUAACACAUUGCCUGGGUUGUGUUUCGGGUGAGGCACAUCCAGCAGGUUGCUGGUUAAAUUUCCUCCACGGUCCAGUUGUGUGUGUACUGAGCUUGAUGCUCACUAGAUGGCACCAGAGUUACACAAAUGGUUCCUGUGGCACAUGAUUUACAGACACUAUAGACACUGUGAUAAAACUGAUUUAGAUGAAGAGCUGACAGGAUUCAUUUAUCUUUUGAUGCCAAAUGUUUAAAGCAGUAAAUGAAUAAUAACAGA